AGACAUCUCCCCGGUUGUCCGAAGAGAGCGCGUCUCAAGCGGUGACGAGUGGGAAAACAAGUUUCGACCGUGCCAAAUCUACGAGACGAGGAAACAAUGGCUAUCGGCAACGGAAAACACCUGGAUUCAACCGGUAUCAUCAAGAAAGUUUUCCCGAAAAAGCCCGAUCCCUACGGCUUCCUCUUGCUCCUGACCCCUAUCGAAUUGCGCGGUCGAGAAGCCUCGUUCUUCUUCUCCGACGUCACCGUCCCCAAAAAUGAGAGGGAGCUCCUCCGCGUCGGGAUGCAAUUAAAAUUCAUUAUUAUAGAUAAGCCGAUGGACAACAUGAAAAGCCCCGUAGACUUCAAGGCCUUACAGAUAGCUCCGCUGAGUCCCGCAAUGUAUCAGGGUGCUGUGGUUCGAGCUCCGAGCCGCGACGGUAAGAAUAUGCGUGUGGCGCUGGAUUUCACCCUCGAGCAAGUCGACAUCGAUCCCGCAUCGUACUCGGCAUUGAAACUCGACAAACCCCUGGGCUUGGGAGAUGUCUGCGUCGUCCGAUUGACCUGGACGGGAAUAGUCAACGCGUCUAGAGAGAUGAGACCUCUCGACGGCGACAUCGUCUGCGCUCAUCGGCUCCGGAUACCUGACGAUAGUAUCCCGGAUGAUGAUGAGGAUGACGGUAAAGAAGAGCUACCAUCAGACGACGGAACGCAAGCGGAAACGCGUACUAAGAAGCCCAUGUCAAGACGGUGCGUCUCCACGCCUGAGAAACAUGUCGUCGGACUUGGAGGCGCUACCCUCACUCCCAAACAAAUCGACGGGCCAGUCAUCAUUAGAAGGGUUGGCUUCAAGACCCCUCAGAGCCACGCGAGCUCGAGUGAGGACGAAUACCCUCCCGAGAGCCCAAAGCCCCGUCCUCUCAACUCACGUCUGACUCGCACCCCUGUGAAGUCGCUGCCGUGCUGCCCAGAACCUUGCUGUCAAGACCAGUGUUAUUUGCCGAGCUUGAAAAUCCCAUCCUUCCCUCUACAGAACAUGCAUGCGCCCUGUUCCUGCUUGAGAUGUCUAAGUAUGAGCCACUGCUACCCUAUGAUCCCGACUGGCUGUACUUCAUGCGUAAAUCCGGAAAUGCCUUCGUGGCACAACGCGACGGGGCUUCCUUGAGAAUUUUGACGCGAACGAGUUGUAAGUGUUCGCCGGAUCUGUUAGAUUUAUAUUUCGAGUUUUGGAUCGUCCGGUGAUCAAACCUUGGGUAGACGAAUAUUAAGAAUCAUCAUACCUGCUUUUGCCGCAUAGCUAAUCGACUCGAGCGAGAUCUUGUCACAUCUCUCUCGCGAGCUUCUCGGGAGGGAAUUUCCUCUCUGGAACUUUGUUCUCUCUGGACACUCUGGUCUUUUCUCAGCGAUUGUAAGCCUCAAUUUUUAUCUCAUCCGGGGCUUCGAUUUCUUUAUCGGCGUCAUCGACCAUAUGUAAAGUUCCCGAGGCACGGAAAGGACCUGAAUAAAUCAGCUCGGGAAU